UCUUCUUGCCAAAACUCUCUCUCUCUCUAGAAAUUGUGUUCCCUGUUCUCCUCUGUUCAUAUGUAGUGGGGUGUUUCUGUUGAGGACAAACAAAAAGCAAUCUCUUUGUUUGCUUAUAUAAAGAUUUGGGUUUCUUCAAAGCUAUCACCUUUGGGAAAAAAAAUAUCUUUUGUUCUUUUUGGGAGAUAGGAGGAUUCGAAAGGGCUUUGUCUCGGAUUGAAGCUUUUGUCUGAAAUGGUUUCCAUGUCUGAGAUUUUGUUUGCUGAGCUGGAAAAACUUGAGGAGGGAGAGUGGGAGAAGGAGAGAUAAGAAGAGAAGAAGGAAUACCCAGAAAGCAGAAACAGGAAAAAGAUAAGCAAAGGGAUUUUCACUUAUUUUGAUCUUCUGCUUCUGAACCUGACAGGAAAUAUAGUUCCAAGAACUUGGGGCCUAUUCAUGAGCAUCAAGAUGUAAACUUUCUGCUAUUUUGUACCUCACAGGGGUGGUUGGCAAUGUCUGCUGCAACCAUGAUCGGCGAUCCGAUGGUGAUAUCAGCACCAGAUACUCAACCUGGUGCUACGAUUCUGGCUUCACAGAUAGAAGUUGAAUUUGCAAUCUGUGUCUGUUGUGGGCUGACAGAAGAAUGCACGCCAGCUUACAUAGAGAGAAUCAGAGAGCGCUAUCAUGGGAAAUGGAUUUGUGGGUUAUGUGCUGAAGCUGUGAAUGAUGAGAUUGUGAGGUCUGAAAGGCUUGUGAGUGCAGAAGAGGCAAUGACAAAGCACAUGAAUUUCUGCAAAAAGUUCAAAACCUCAGAACCUCCUGCAAAUCCAGCUAUUCAUUUGAUUUCUGCUAUGAGACAGAUUCUUAAGAAAAGUUUGGAUUCUCCUAGAGCUUUGAGGUCUUCCUCACCAGACUUAGACAUUCAUCAUCAUGGUCCUGGUUUUGCCAGCUCUGAGAGCUGCUUCUCCACUUUGUCUGGUUCAUGAAAAAAAAAAAAGGAUAAUUGCAGAUACCUCCUCUCAUUUUCGAGACAUUUGCAAAUAUCUCCCACAAAACUUUGGAUAGCAGUAAAUUAAUCCCUCAACUAUUACAAUUUAACUCCUUAUUCAAGUCUUCUACUAUCAUGGUUAAUGAAGAGAUGAAAAGGAGUUUAAUUCCGGAGGCAUGAUAGUUGAAGGGAUUUUUUUUUUUUUUUAAGUUGUGAAGUUGAAGAACAUGUUUGUGAAUGGAUCAAAAAUGGAAGGUGGGGGUAUCUGCAUUUUGCUGUACAAGAAAGGAAGGUAUGGGAUGGGAAUAAAACAAGACGCUGCAAAGGGAAAAUAUGCAUUUGAUUGGUCCGAAAUGCAAGCAAAAUAAUGGUAAUCAAAGACAUGGAAAGGUCAAGCUGAAGCUAGAUGUUCAUUUAUAUAUCGCUUGUCCUGGUACAGAGCUUUUAAUUCUGCUUGAACUAUAAUAUUAAAAAUUUCUUCAUUGGCACCGGCUACCUUGUUUUCUGUACUAAUUUGAUCAUGGAAUAGAAUAAACCUUGUGUUUAAGCAAA